AUGGCGAAAUCGAAUCAUCAAGAAGACCUCGACCUUCUCCUCUCUCUUGAGGAUCGCGUUCUGGAAACCCCACCAGCUUCUCCUUCAGGUUAUUUAUCUGAUGAUGGGAGGAGAAAGGGAACAGGGAAUGUGGACAUGUCUGUUUUUCGAGAUGUGGUGGGGGACUGUCUUGAUUAUGAUGCCAAAAAUGUUGAGAAGUCUCGUAGGCCCGAGCAGGGAAAGAGUUGUAAUGACGUUGAGGUUGAUAAGUUUUCAGGGCUGCGGAUUAAGGGUCCAUUGGUAUCACGGGUUGAAUUGAGCAACCAUUUAUCAGACAUUCGAUUUGUGCAGUUACCAACAAUAAAGAAUUUGCUAGCUGGAGAUACACUCUCUGGGUGCUGGGCCACUACUGGGGUUCUCAUGGAAAUAGGAACUCCAAAGAAUAGUUCCAUAGGGCAGCCAUUUACAAGAUGGAGAAUUGGAUGCUUGAAUGAUAAUAUUAUUACCCUUUUUUUGUUUGGUGAUGCUUACAAAAAGACAUGUGACGAAAAGAUAGGGGGUGUCUUUGCACUGUUUAAUUGCAGUGUUCGCAAGGACAACAUUGGGAAUGGAUUCACUCUGAGUGUGUAUACAGCCAAACACAUUCUGAAGCUGGGUACAUCAGCGGAUUUUGCGUUUUGUCAAGGAAAAGGGAAAGAUGGAGUGGCUUGCACAAGAGUCAUCAACAAACGUCAAAGGAAAUAUUGUGACUACCAUAAGAAUUCAUCCACGAGAUAUACUUCUACAAGGGCAGAGCUCAAAGGCGGGAAUGUAAGCACGGGCUUCAAAAACUAUCUCAAGUCAGAAAGAAUAUAUGUCGUUAAACCUACAGAUGACAAAAAGAACUUAGCAAAGUCCACUCGGCCCGUAAAAGUAUUGUCUGUUGAAGGAUUAAAGAAGGCAUUAAGCAAAGCAGAUAAAGUCACAACAAACGUACAUUCUCAAGGAAUACGGUUUUUAAAUCACAUUGCAGGGAAAAUGGAUCCUCAAGUGACAAACAGAAAAGCUAAUCUCCCACACAAGCCAAUGGGUAGAACUGAUGCCAGGUCCAGGCCAACUCAAGAACCAGUUGCCAAGAAAAUGAAAAUGGAUCAAAAAAAGGCCCCAACACAAGAUAACAAAGAAAAUAACACAAAUAUGAUUGAGUUAGAUUUUGUUAGUUCAGAUGAUGAACUUUGA